AUGAGCAGCACAAAACCUUCUAUGGACUCCUCCCCAGAUGCGUGGGAAGACAAUUGGGAAAGUCAAGCAGAUAAACUAGAUGCUCAGCCGACUUCGCUGCCGGAGAAGAAGGUCUCCUCCAAGGUGACCAAGGCACAGCGAAGAGCACAGCAGGCAGAGUUCAACCGACAAUUGUGGGCAGAUGCGGAAUCACCGCAGACAUUUCACUAUCUGGAAACUCGAUCCAGUGUUCCCCUCAAGCAGGAUAUCAAACAAACAGUCACGGUUUUAAGCCGUAGACCACAGCUGGUAACGCGGGAACCAGGAUCGUCGGCUUCAGUCGACGCGAGCGUGGACGGAAUACGGGCUUUGGGCAUCAACGGCGCCGACUACGAAUCCGAUGAUGAAGGUAAUGGCAAGCGACAGGAGAUGACUCCGCAGGAGCGCCAUGCGAAAGCCCUGCGUGACCGGGAAGAGAAACAGCGCAGAUAUGAAGAAGCGCGUGAACGCUUGUUCGGGAGCCCCUCGGCGAAUGGAUCCGGUACAUCAUCGCCUGGAAGUACUACUCCACCAAGGCAAUACAGCAACGGUGGCGGCGGCGGUGAGGGCCGAGGGAAAGGACGACACCGUGGAGGCGGCGGUGGCAGCGGCAGGGACAACAGAGAGAAGAGAGACUCGUCCGCUACGUCAGGCAGAUCGUCAAGACAGCUCUACGACCCAGGAUACUCGGUGAAGCCAUCACAGAAACGCGACCGGCAGCAGAAGGGCGACCGCCAAGAUGAUGAACAGCAGCAGGCAGUCCAGCAACCAUUACGAAGCCCCCGCGGCCCUGAUGGCAGUGGAAGAGGUGGGUUUGGGUUUGCCAACAGAGGAGCUAGAGCUACAUGA